AGCAUCUCCUGAGGACCAAAACAUCCCCGGAACCUUGUUGCUACGGGAGCCGUUUCCGACACGAGCUGUUUUCCAGGAAGGACCUCCGCGCAUGCUCAGAAGCCACCUCUGGUGGGCAAAAUGGACGCUAAAUGGAAGGGAGAAGGGGUGGAAACACGUUGGAUUUCUUCCUGAUUUUUUUCCCUUGACGAAGCUCUGGCUUUGAGGAGGACGAAGUUGGCAGGAUGUAUUCAGCGGCAACGGAAAGUUUCCUGCGUCAGGCCAGGGAAAUCCAAGCUGAAGAACUCAAUAAGUUCACUUCUCGAAUCACAGGCCUCCUCCAGAACCAUGACUUGGGGAGUGAAACUGUUGAUUGCUUACAAAGACUCUUCCUUAUUGUCUCAGCUGCCAAGUAUAGCCGGAAGUUGAAUAGCAAAUGUGUGGAACGUCUGCAGACUGUGCUACAUCUAUCAAAGUCCUCCGACCAAGUCCAGAUACUCUGUGCAGCCAUCUUGAGAGAAAUGUCUCCUUCCAAUGAUUUGUCCCUGGCUUGGGAUAAGACCCAGGACACCAAGCUGUUGAGCCUAGACUUCUCCAUCAUGCUAGCCCAUUGCAGUAGAAAAGCGGAUAUAGAAGCUGUGGGACAGCAUGUGAUCAAACUCCUUGAAGGCCGACUUCCGGAAGGUCAGAAUGCUCGCCCCCUCCUUCCCCUCCUCUCAGAGGUCAUCAGCUUGGCACCAGCAAGCCUUACCGAAGAUCAGAUCAACCUACUCAGCAAACGGAUGGUGGACUGGCUGAGAUAUGCAAGUGUCCAGCAAGGGGUCCCUCAGUCUUCCGGAGGCUUCUUUAACCCCAGAGCAAGGCAGCCUGGCCCCAUCAUGGAGGUGGAUGGCGCCAUUGCCACCGACUUUUUUACCGUCCUCUCAGUGGGCCAGUAUUACACGGAGGACCAGUGGCUCAACAUGCAGGCUUUCUCCAUGCUGCGGAAGUGGCUCCUGAGCUACGGAGGCGAUGGAGCAGCUGGCCCCAAUUCAGAUGACAAAUCCGAGGUGGAUGGCUCCAUCAUGUCCGUGGUCUCGGUCACGUCCACCUCCAGCCGUCUUCUCCCUCCAAAGGAGCGCUUGAGGGAAAAGGCUUUUGAGUAUUGCCAGCGGCUGAUAGAGCAGAGCAACCGCCGGGCUCUGAAGAAAACCGAUGGGGAACUGCAGAAAGCUUGUCUCAUUGAGGCGAUCACGAUCAUGGACAUUGUUUGUCGGCAGGACUCCUCCUACGUCUACCGCUCGCUUUCCUGCCUGAAGAAUUUACACGGCCGGCUCAGCGGAGAUCAUUCCUACGCCCGGGUGCUCUUGCCCAUUGCCCAGUUUUUCCUCAAUCACAGCGAGACCGCCGCCAUCGACUCUGAAGCCGUUUACAAGCACCUGUUCACGAAAGUCCCGGCUCAGCUCUUCCACCACCCGCUGGUGGCCUACGAGUUCGUCCAGUUCUGCAGGCUCAACCUCCCGUUCUUCACCGAGAGUCUCAGCAUCUUCCAACAGAACGCUCCAAACCUGUUCAAGUUCCUGGCGUGGAACAGCCCAGCCCUGCUUGCUGAAUACAUGGACCUUCUUCCUGCCUUGCUCAGGGAAGACACGGCCAUCGAGAUCUUCCACCUGCUGCUUGACCUGCCCUGUUUAGCGGCUGCGCUGGAUGUCCAGCUGAGGUCUACCCUGACUCCCAUGUUGGAAAGGGCCAGCUUGGACCCCGGUUUGAAGCCCGCUACCUGCCUGGAAGCCUUCCGCCAUCCGGAGUACAGGACCCUCUUUCAGUACCUCCUGAGGGCUGAGUCGGCUCCUGGAGACCCAGGCAGGUUGACUCCCAUCAGGCAGCUAUUGGGAUCCCUGGCCGCUUCCCCUCGCGUUGUGCAGUGCGCCGAGAGCGUCCCUGUUUUACUGCAACUCUUCUUUGGAGUUGUAGCUCAGUUCGCAGACACCACCCUUGCAAAUAAGUUGGUCUUGGCCCUUUUGGAGAGAAGCGAGCAGCUCUACGAGAUCCCCACUUUCAAAAUGGAGGUGUACAGAGUGAUGAGCUCCCAGCUGCCGGUUCUGUGCAAACUGCACCCAUCGUUGGUGGUGGAACUGGCCAAGCCACUUCUAGAUUUUUCAGGAGCAGUCGCCAAUAUUCAGAGCAAAGAGGACAUCUUCAUCCACGUGGUGUGGUCCGUUGGCGAAUACGCCUCCGUGCAGCACGACCGAAGGUGCACGGUGGAACAGAUCAACAAGUUCUUCGAAGCCCUGGAAGCCAUGCUCUUCGAGAUCACCCAGCUCCGCCCCUCGGCCUGCAUCCCCAAGUCCUCCCCCCGCGUCGUCUCGGUGCUCAUGACCGCCUUGGCCAAGCUCGCCUCCCGCAGCCAGGAUCUGAUCCCGAGGGUCUCCCUCUUACUCUCCAAGCUGAGGACGUUCGUUCAGAACCCGACCGUGUCGUCCGCCUACAACGCCGAUGAUGCGGAAGCGAUCCUGACGCGCGCCACGGAGCUGAUGAACUUGCUGAAAAUGCCCACGGUGGCUCAGUUUGUACUGACCCCAUCGUCUGAAGUCUCCAGCCCCCGGUUCCACGUGGACACCCAUGCCUCUCUACCGCUGGCCAUGAAGAUGGCCAGUAGGCUGAUAGAGGGGAGAACUAGCUCCCUUCCUGCAUGAUGUGUUGGCCCUGGACCCCCGCGUGGUCACUUGCGGCGGGCAGAUCUGCAUGGCUUCCCUUUUGAACUGGAAUUACCCAUUGCUGGGAAGAUCGUGGCAUACCCUACCACAGGGCGGGUGCCCCGUGAAGUAAACAAAUGAUUAUGGGAUAAUACAGAGGAGUCAACUUGGAAGUUUCUCUAUUGGGGGAUGGGGAGAUUCCAUCAUCCUCCACCUUACAAACUCCUAGGUCCCUGGGACACUACCUCAUUCCUUAAAUGGGUCACACAGUGGAUUAAAAUUUUGAUGUUUAAAUGUUU